GUAACCACAAAUAGUUAGAAGAAGAUCUAUACUAAUCACCGUAUAUUCAAGUAAAUAAGUAUAGAGAUGGCAAGGCAAUGUAGUAUUGUGUUUCUUGCCCAAAGCUCCUAAUUUUUCAGCAGUAAUGGCCCUUUUUGAACGAAAACAAUACUAAUUUAUUAUUGUGUGUGGCUUUUUUUUUGUUUGUUUGUUUUUUUAUAGUAGAUCUGCAUGACCAUGAAUACCCCUCUAAAUCAUGACCAAGAACAGCCAGAUGUUUUCUCAGGGAGCACACGGACACUGCCCUCCAGAUCUCUCCUCGCAUCCAGAGACUCAAAGACAGUUUGUUUUUACAAAAGUGGAGACCCGCAGUUUUCCGGGCACUGGGUCGUCAUCAACAGUCGUACGUUCAAGACGUUUGACGGCCUUUUGGAUGUCCUGUCAAGCAAAGUGCCUCUACCUUUUGGGGUACGCACCAUCACAACGCCCAAAGGUAGACGUUCCAUUCGGAGCUUAGACGAUCUGCGGCAUGGGGCGUCUUAUGUCUGCUCGGAUCAAAGAAAGGUCAAACCCCUGAACCUGGAUGAGAUCAAACGGAGACAUGUCCCCUGGAACAGCACCAGACCUACCAGCGCAGGACGUCAGGGACGCCGAGGACUGAUCCGGCAGCUGGUCAAGAAGAAUAACGUGGGCAGGAUGGCAAAAAUGGCAGAAAGUUCUGUGACAGUGAGGACACCAAAAAGGCUUGUGGUUUUUAAAAACAGGGAUCCCAGCACUAAGCACAUAGUUGUUUUGCAGAGGAGGACAGCUCCGACUUUUGAGGCGCUCUUGGAAUACCUAUCUCAAGUCAUGCAGUUUCCUGUGGUUAAGCUUUACACCUCUGAUGGCAGACGAGUUGAAGGUCUGACAGCCCUGAUCCUGUGCUCUGGUGUCAUAGUAGCAGCUGGUAAUGAACCCUUUCAGGCGGCUAACUUCAAUGCCCAAGCAUCUACAUCACACUCUCAACCCUCACACUCAGUCAUAUCUGAAUCCAUAGGGCCAACAAAGACACAGCCAUUGCCAAAAAUUCAACAAAAAACAAUACACAGCAGACCAAGGUCAAGAAAUUUCUCAUUAUCAUCAGAAAGAUAUUUUGUAAAUCAGAUCAAUGUGUCACUAAACGGAAGUCACUCCGAUGAGAAUGACGUGAAAAUAGGAUCAAAGGUGAAUGAGAACAAACAAUCACUAAAAUCAGAAGACAUGGAGAGAUGUGACUUUAUGUCUGGAAUAGAGGAAAAUGAUCGCUUGAUCGUACCUUCAGACGAUGAGAUUGAGAAAUCGUUUCGUGUGAAUCAGGACGGCAGCAUGACCGUAGAGAUGAAAGUGCGUCUUACUAUUAAGCAAGAGGAGAUGAUUCACUGGACCACUACAGUAAGUAGAGCCUGUGUUAAUAGCCAGGACAUAGCAGCUUUCUCACAACAAGUCUCAAGCUACAAUUCCCCAGAUAAUAAAGACAAUAAUAUUAACAGAACAGGAGAGUCCAAUAUAGAAAGCUAUGGAUCCAAAAAUGAGAAUACACAAAGUUGUAAACCAAACAAAUUAAAUAAGGAAGGAGAAAAUCACAGUGAAAGUGCCACCUCUGAGGCCUUGGAAAACCCCAAACCGCGUUUCAGGCGGAUGCCUACUCCAGGACCUAGGCGUGUCAGAAGGAAAGAAACAUCAGUAGAGAAUAUAAAGAGGCGAUCACAAACUGCGGUUCAGGAAAGCAGACUUGGUACAUACUCAUAUUUGGAGCACACAGCUGAAGGUGAACUGCUGGAAGGGUGCUGUGUUUUGAGUCAUAGCAGCUCUAACAGUACAAGACCUGUACCAAAGCCCAGGAAAAAAAAUCUGGGAGACACCAAACACAAGAAGACUCACUCCUCUGUCUCACUGAUGUCAGAGGAUCCUCAGCUGCACAACAAAGGAAAAGAGAUUACAGAGACUAAAAUGCAUAUUAGUCAUUCACAGGAUAAUUGGGAAAACUAUUUUGCAAAAACCUGGCACGAUGAGGAUCACAGGUAUGAAUUUUUGUCUCAAGAACACAAAAAGCCAGAUUCAACUGAAUCUUGGCCUCAAUCUUCAAGUAAUGAAUGGGACACUGAUCUUACCAAACUGUCUGCAAGUUCUGGUUCUGGACAUUCUAGAAACAAUGAACUUUUAUCCUUACUAUCUGGUCAGUCAGACCUUUCACAAACAAUAAGCACCUUCACUGACUAUGAAAAUCAAGCUAGGUGUGAAUCCUUAGACAAAGGAGCGGAGAUAUCCUCUAAAGACGACUCUGAAAAUGAAAGAGUUUUAGGUAAGAAGACAAAAAUUGCACAAAAAUCUCAAAGGUCAAAAAAACAUGUGCUCUUGAAAAGUACUGUUACUGACAAAAUGCAGAAAGGAAGUGUUCCAGACUUUUUGAAAGACCUAAAGAACAGUGAUUCUCUAGAAUCACAGAGCUGUAAAGAAAGUGACAGACAUUGGCAGAAGGUUAAAAAGAGAAAGAAAGGUCAGUUACCUCAGAAGGUAAACAUAAGCCAUAGUAACUUUGGUCGUAAUGACAUGCUAAGGCCUCACAUAAAGAAAAAAUUAGAUGUUAUCCCAUCAUCUCAUUCAGCACCUUUCAAAAUUCUGACAAAGCAACGGUCUGUGAAUGGCGGUAUAACAAAAUCUCCUAAAGAGUGCAAGGAGUUGAGUGAAAGUGUUUCUAUGCCAGUGCUCCAUUCAUCUCUAUGCAACGUGUGCCAAUAUGUGGAAAACUGGCUGGAAAAAAAUCACCCUGAAUCAGUGCCCUACAUGGAUGAGUUAAACCCACAUGAAUCUCGAGCUAGGUUCCAGAUUGAAAGUGAUUUCUCAGAUGUUUCAGAGAUGAGAAGUGAAUUAGACAAUGAAAAUGUGGUGGAGAAUUGUUCAUCUGUUGAAGGUUCUACUGUGCAGAAGCUAGAGUCUCAACGACUGCUGCAAAUUAGGUGUGGGGGAGAACCCGUGGAGACACAAAACCUGGGAAGAUUCUGUAAAUCAAUGCCAAGUGUGAGAACGCCCACUGCUGAACAGGAGCUUGGCACAAGAAAGAAUAAAUCUUCAGAGGACUUGCUUCCCAAAUUGCCAGAUGCUGAGAGUGAAACAUCACCAAACACACAGUUGAGCCCUAGAUCAGGAAUGAAACAUGUUUUGAAGCAGUUAUGUUUAUCUAUCAAGUAUAUCAUAAGAGCCUGUAGUCAUUCUCAUAUAUCAUCCUUGAAGACAACGAAGAAAUCCCAUAGCCUUCCUGACUUCUCAUCAUUGUUAGCCUCUGUUUUUGGCUCUACAUCUAAGACACUUCUCUCCUUCCUGACAGUGAUGACACUGAAAGAAGGAAUCGCCAAAUGUGCCAUUGAAGACUCAGAUUCUGCCAAUGCUAAUAAUUCAGGCAGCAAUCCAGAAGCUCUGCAUGUCAUGCAGUCCAUACAAAAAUUGGCCAGCAUAGAGGAUGAAGAAGAGCUUAAGGCCAGCCUGGAAAGUCUCCACAGCUCAAUUUCUGCUCAGUUAAAAGAGAGAUGGAGAGAUUUCCAAGGAAAUAAUGAUAUCAAAGAAAGUCCCCCAAUGUCACCAAGAUGGUCAGAGCAAGAGUUUGCCCUUGGGUUCAACUCAGGAGAGGAAGAUCAAGAUAGAGGGAAAGUUUUUGGUAUCAGAGAGGUAAUGGAUGAGCUUAAUAUGUGUGAGGACCUCCGCAGAGAGAUUUCUUCACUUUUUAGGAGUGAUAUGACAAAUUUUAAUGGAGCACAUCCCAAUGUGGAGCAUUCCGGUCAAGAAAACCAAACCACAAAUGUUUUUUCUUGUAAGAAUGAGAAUGCCAUAAGAAAAAAGGAUAUAAAGGGGUUCUUAGAGGAAGAAAGAAAAUGUUUUGAGGAGAGAGUAAGUGAAUAUGAUAUUACAAAUACUAAGCCUGCAGAGUUAUUCAAAGUAUCUGAAGAAAUUCCCUUGCUCGAAUCAAGUUCCCUAGAUAUGGAGAAAUCAGGCCGAGGGAAAAAUGUCCAAAUUGAAGAUAUGACUAACCAAGAAGGAAUAUUUGCGCAUAUAACUGAAAUUGUGGAUGAUGUUAAAACAAACCAGGAAAGGUAUGUAGAUAACGAACCGAGCAAAGAAGAUCUAUGUGAGGUCAAACAGGACAUGAAGGACAAUGUCCAAAUUAUUGAAGAAAAAUACACAGAGGAUGAGAUAAGACUGGAUGAUGAGGUUCAGACUCUAGAUUACAAUCCAAGUAAUCUAGAAGAUAAAGUAGAAUGGCAAGAAUGUGUAAGUUGUAUGCAAUCUGAAUCUGAACUGCUUUCUACUACUUCAGAAAUAGUGGCAAUUUCUGAGGCAAUUGAUGAGACCUUCAGUAGAACGGGAGAUUGUACAGAUAGUUUAAUAGGAUGUAGCAUGAAUUCAAAGGAAGAAGACACCUAUUAUGAAACCAGAGAACAUGCUGAACAGCUGAAUACAACAUCCAUGGCUUCAGAAACAGAGACUGUAGUAGAGCACCACCCAAACAAUGGCACAAUCCAAACAAAAAAGAAGAAUGCAAUACACAAAACUGUUAAAUCAGAAGCAUCCAACUCAAGUGUAGAUGAAGCUGAUCUACACAGUAAUGAUGAUUCUGGCUCAGAGGAAGUUGAGAGCAACUAUGAUCAUAAAGGAUCAAUGUGUAGCACUUCAGAAUGUGAAAAGCUACCUGGCAAACCACACCAUUCUUCUGUGUCUGAUCAACACGAUGAACACUCUGACAACUACAAGUCAGAAUCUUGCACAUGGCAAGAAUCUGAAACUGAACAUGAUCUUCAAAAGUCAGAAGAGGAACAGGCUCACAGUCUUAAUGAAAAUGAUGAAGAAGCAGAUGAGGAUGAAGAUUCUAAUCUUCCAAACUCUCCUCUGCAUCAGGAAGGCGAAUAUUCAGACCACUUCGGUUCAGUGUCUUCUAAAAGUCAAGAAGCGUUAGCUGAACUUGACUUCCAGACACCGGAUGAAGAGAAAGUGGAGGAAAAAAACAAACAUGAAGACAAGCAGGGCAAUGCAGUAGAUACUGAAAAAGUCUUAGAUACUCAGUCACAACAGUGCUUCUUGGAAGAUCCACCAAACCACCAAGAUUUUCUGACAGGGAAAUCAUGCAAAAUUGAGGACAAACACAAAGCCCAGUCUGAUUCUGUAGGAUUAGAAGAAGCGGAUAUGGAUCAUGAAUGCCACUGUGUGCAUCCUACAGUGUUCCCUCAGCAGCUGUUGGAUUUUGUCAACUUAGCACUGAUGUCCUCUGCUCUGAUUUUCACAUAUGAUUCAAAUGGCUUUCUACGUAUUGAACCAGACAGAUGCAAAAACAGACGAAUGACUUUAUCUAAAAGCAAUGUGGACGAUCAAUAUACUAGGAGAUGUCUUCCUAGCCCCAACACAUCUGACCUUUCCGAUUACAGGCCUGAUACAUCAGACAGUGGAGGAGACCUGUCACAGGUUUCUACAGAUCUUUUUACAAGUGGAGAUGAAGAGGCAGAGAAGUUGUUCAUUUACCAAGGCAACAUGAAUCAAAGCUCUAAGAACAUCAACAGAAAAAGUUUUAACAGUCGUAGAUCUUUUCCUGACCCCAUGGUUAACAGAACCGUGCAGGACCCAGUCUACUGCAACUCUUCAGACUCUAAUGGGAAUUCUGAGCUUGCACAAUGUCUAGCCUUUCAUACAAAGACUGACUCUGAGGAAGGAAUCCUGAUAGAUAAGGGCAGGUGGCUUCUUAAGGAAAAUCACCUCAUUCGUAAAUCUCCUCCUGUUUCAAUGGGAAUGUAUGAAAAUGUAGAUACGUCUUCAGUUGACACAGGUCACACCAGUGAGGACGCUCCCUACAUACCUUAUGGAACACAACCAUCCCGACUAGCUGUCAUAUCCUCUUCUGAAAUGGAAGAUAUGGCCAAGCCUUCAACACCCAAGUGUACAUAUUUCAACAUGGCCCACGGUAGUGACUCUGACCCUUUCCUGGAUAAUCAGAGCAUUACCAGUAACAAAGGAAGAGGUUUCACUCGAAAAAACAAGGAAGUAUCACCAAUGGGAGAAACAGCGAAAACGUGUACACAGAAAAAUGGAAGUCUGCCCUCUUUUUCAUCUGUAGAGUUUAAACUGGCAUCUGGGAAAGUCCAUCCAGCAGACAGCAUGGCAUCUAAUGUAGUGGAGAAAUCCCAUAGCUUAAGCUGCAACACACCACAUGAAGAAGAGUCAGUAGAGCGUCUGAGUCUUAGAUGUGGACAGCAUUGCCCAAUACUGUAA